UGGUUUUCUCGUUUUUCGAAACAUAUAUCGAAACGCCAAUUCGAUGUUUUUUCGACAUGAAAACCAACCACCGUUUUUGAGUUGUCUGUCAAACCAAUCGAAGCGCAUCAGCUGCUGUUGAUUACCGAAAAUAACGUUCAACCAAGUAUGGCAGCCAGUGCACCCGCCAGUCGUGGAUUAACGGCCCUGUUCAAAAGAGGCUGGAACGAGAUUCCCGAGGUUAUCGGAUCCUCAGCAAUGGCACUUAUUGGAAUCGGUCUCACAUUGGUAGGAUUGACAAAUUACUAUCGAAAGGGUAGCGAUAAUCGAAGAUUCAAGGCGGAAUAUGUCGUAAUGCGCCCCGAAGAUCCUCGAGCUGCCAAUAUUCGCAAAGAUUAAAUCCCAUAAGGAGCAAAAAGCUAGCGAAAAAAUAAAUCGUAAUUUGUGAAUAAAGGACGUGUUUUUAUGCGCACUAUCGUUUA